UUAAAACUCUCUUUUCCAGACUGUAUGAUGAUUUGCAGUGGAAACAGUAUUGAUGAACAGUAUGGAGUUGCUACCUCCUGCUUAUGCUAGUGGCAUUAAAUACUUUUCAAUUUAAUCGGAUGGGACGCAGCUUUGGCUUGUAUCCACCUGCACGCGGAAGCAAUUUAACAUUCUCAGUGGAGCAGAACGACUUUGGGUCGCAUCUAUGGCGGAGAAUCCAAACACUAGAUCUGUAAUAACCACCACCAACCAGCACCACGUACCAGGAAUUCGGGAAUUCAUCCACUCCGUGGUAUGACAAAAUGUUCAUGCAGAUCGUGCCGAAGUACCUCAUCGUUGUUGAACUUAUUUUAGGACUGCUGGUGUGGACUUUGAUUGCAAGCACAGACUAUUUCCGAUUUCCCCCAUUUGGAUGGGUGUUGUUUGUGUCUGUCUUCUGUUGGGUUCUCACACUCUUCCUCCUAAUCAUCAUCUUGGCCAAUGGACAAAUCCAACAGGUUCCAUGGACUACUCUGGUUUUCGUUUUCAACUGCAGUGCAGCUGUAUUGUACAUGUCGGCUGCUAUUGUCGAGGCAAUGUUGGUGAAUAAACGGGACAAAGGUCACAAUGAUUUCAUCUGCUGGGCAGCAUCAACGUUUUUCGCAUUUCUUGUUUCUCUGAGUUACGCUGGUAGUGCAUUCUUCAAUUUCAAAUCCUGGCAAACAGAGAUGAAGGAAGGUGUUAGAUGGUGUUUUUUUAUUCAAACUUAAAUUCUGUAUGUAUCAUACUGUAUGUAUACUUAUACUCUUCAGGUAUGGGCUAAAGUUAAAAAAUAUUUAAUACUAUUGAUUUUUGUCUUUAUUAAUAAUGAAGAAAUUAGCAUUUUGUUUAUGUAUUUGAAGUAUAUCCACAAAUACACAGAUUUGUUUAGAUGUUACUCUUUUAUUUGACAUGAUGUAUCACGUACAGGAUAUUUCAAUACAUAUUUGAUUGUAUGGAAUAUUAUUUCAUAAGGAUUACUGACUAGUUGUGAAUGAACAGAUAUUGAAUGUUUCACCUUUGUGCUUUGACUCUUAUUUGUAGCCUAUAAUCUAAAAAUGUGUGUCGUGAUGUUUGGACUUGACUAACAGAAUUUAUGAAAGUUAGCACCAUGAUGUUUUUUUUAUAUAUAUAAAACUACAGUGCAUUAUAAGCACAAUGUAUAACAAAGAGUUUUAAAGUCUUGACCUACAUGCAUCAUAUACAACUUUUGGACAAAGUUUUCCUCCUGUUCUAAUGAUGCCUGAUAUUUCAAGAAUUGACUUACUGGACAUUUUUUAAGAGCCUGAUGAAAGUAAAACUAUGUUUCAGUAGGAAACAAAUAUUUUCACUAGAAGCACUGCCCCAACUCAGUAAAGCGGUCUACUAGUUUGUACAGGGAUAUUCUAAACAAAUAGAAGGCAAAUAAGUGUUAUUAAAUUACAUUUGUUAAGCUUGAUUUCCCAUAGCACCGCCACCUUGAAGUAAACACAUUUGUCAAAUUAAAAAGGUUCAAGAACUCCAGUAUCUCAAUAGGCAAUGCAAGUAAGUCAUUGUUACUGAUUAUUAUUUGCACUGCAGGGUUUGAUUAAAGAUAGUACUAGUGUUAAAUAUGCCUGUGUGUGAUUGAUUCAGCCUGUGUCAUCACAAUCUCAAUCCAGCCAGGUAACUAAAGUUGGCAACCCUGCAGUAGAAGUUAUUAUAAAACACAAAUGCAUGUAGCCUAUACACUUUAACUCACCUGCAGAUGUCUCUCAUCAGGCAUGACACUUUUCUUUUUAGCAAUAAUGUGUUCCUGUUGUAAUUCAUGCUCUCAGGAUUCUGAGUCAUGCAGUGUGCAAACUAAAUAAAAUUGAGCAACUCAAAUUGAACGUGUCGGAUUCCGUUUCCUACGCCUAAAUUAAACCGAAAUCGCGCUUUUUGUUACACCCCAUCUUAAAUGCUUUUAAUGACGCAACCCUAGUGUGAACUGCUUCGUUGAUUAUAAUGAGAGCGUUCUAUAGUGUUAUCGCGUUGCUUUUGCAGUGUACGUGGUUUCACAGCGAUACUAGUACUUUAAAGGAUAAGUAAAUGAUAAUGGGGACUUUAUUUGACUAGACCACUUACGAUCAAAACAAUGAAUUCUUAAGAUCACUCAGUACAUAAGUCAUUUAAUUUAAUCAACAUUUAAGUCAUAUUAAUUGACAAUACAGUAUGUAUUAUGCUUCAUGAACACUUUUUCCACGUUUAAUUUCACACCGAAUUGCUUCUGUUCGCGCUGUUUCCCGAUUGUAUUAUUAUGUAAACAUGCAACAAUUGCGUUCUGUUCUAUGCUUCUUUGAGCACAAGAACGCGUUCGGUAUGUACAAACUCGUACUUGUUAUGAACCUUUAAUAUAAGACUGUAAAAAAGAACUUGACUAAAACAAAACAUAUUAUAUGUGCACAGGUGAUUCUCCUAACGGCGUUCGCAUGAGUUCGCGCCACGGUGUACAACUUUGUUUUUUGCAUACGGGUUCCUUGAAGUGGUCACGCUGGGUCCACUUCAAAAAUGGCGUGGCCCCUUCUUAUCUGUCAGAACUUCUGAGCUAUCAACAAUCCCCUAGAACCCUCAGAUCCUCAGUCAAAUUUCUCCUGCAUAUACCUCCCGCCUUUUCUGUUGCUGGCCCUAGAUUAUGGAACAGUAGGCUCUAGACGUUAGGUCUGCCAUUCUCUUCUUAUUUUUAAAUCAUGGCUGAAGACGUAUCUGUAUUCCUUGGCUUUUACAUGAAUGUUUAUUGUCCAUUUUAUGGGUAAUUUCUUGUUUUUGUGUUGUUAUUUUUUUAUUCCUCUGUAUCCUGUUAUUGUUUAAUUUGUAUUAUGUACAGCACAUUGGUAUAGCCUAAACUAGUUGUUCUUAAAUGUGCUAUAUAAAUAAAUUGACCUUGUGUCACGUGUCCUU